GUGAUAAAACAGCUGUUUAUUGUCUGCAUGACGAAAAUGGUCGAUUUGGUUCGUCGGAAAAUGCGAGUUCUCUACCAAAAAUCAGUCGGUGUUGAAUUUUCAUCGAAUCUGUAUCGCACAAUAGUCAAAAUUCUUCAUGAUACAGGGUCGGAACUUUAAAAAUUUGGAUGCGAUAGACUUGCAGCUGACUUUGAAUGUUUUAUUAUGUCAUUUUGUAGCCGUGUUAUAAUUAGAAUGACCGGUAGUCGGGUGUGAUUGUGGUGGUGAAAGUGAGGGUGGAAAUAUAAUGUAUUUUUGAGCUGAAAAGUGAAGUGAAACUGCAAAAUGGCGGACCUGGAAGCUGUAUUAGCUGAUGUCAGCUAUCUUAUGGCUAUGGAAAAAAGUAAAUGCACCCCAGCUGCAAGGGCUAGUAAAAAAAUCGUUCUACCAGAUCCCAGCGUUCGGAGCGUCAUGCACAAAUAUCUCGAGAAGAAGAACGAAGUUAACUUUGAUAAAAUCUUCCAUCAAACAUUAGGUUAUCUACUAUUCAAAGAUUUCUGCGAAAAUGUAUCAGAGGAACCGGUGCCGCAGCUUCGGUUUUACGAAGAGAUUAAAUCUUUCGAAAAAUUGGAAUGUCAAGAUGAGAGAUUAAAAUGCGCUAAAGACAUUUACGACAACUUUAUCAUGAAGGAACUUUUGUCGCGAGCACACGACUAUUCAAAAGAAUGUUUGCAGCAUGUUCAAAAGUAUCUUACGAAAAACGAAGUACCAGUCACUCUUUUCGAGCCUUAUAUAGAAGAAAUUUAUACUCAUUUGAGAGAUGAACCCUUCAAAAAAUUUUUAGAAAGUGAUAAGUAUACGAGGUUCUGCCAAUGGAAAAAUUUAGAAUUAAAUAUACAGUUAACAAUGAACGAUUUCAGCGUUCACAGGAUAAUAGGCAGAGGCGGCUUCGGCGAAGUUUACGGUUGCCGGAAAGCCGAUACUGGGAAAAUGUACGCGAUGAAAUGUCUCGAUAAAAAAAGGAUAAAAAUGAAACAGGGCGAAACUUUGGCUUUAAACGAAAGGAUCAUGUUGUCGUUGGUCAGUACGGGACAGGAUUGUCCUUUUAUCGUUUGUAUGACGUACGCUUUCCAUACGCCCGAUAAACUCUGUUUCAUUUUGGAUCUAAUGAACGGCGGCGAUUUGCAUUAUCAUCUCAGUCAACACGGAGUUUUCAACGAAUCAGAAAUGAAGUUUUACGCCGCCGAAGUCAUAUUAGGAUUAGAACAUAUGCAUAGGAGAUAUAUUGUAUAUAGAGAUUUAAAACCUGCAAAUAUUUUAUUAGACGAACACGGACACGUUCGAAUAUCCGAUUUGGGAUUAGCCUGUGAUUUUUCCAAGAAAAAACCCCACGCUAGCGUAGGGACGCACGGUUAUAUGGCGCCCGAAGUGUUAUCGAAAGGCACCCCUUACGAUUCUAGUGCGGAUUGGUUCAGUUUCGGUUGCAUGUUAUAUAAAUUACUCAAAGGGCAUUCGCCGUUCCGUCAACACAAAACCAAAGAUAAACACGAGAUAGAUAGAAUGACUUUAACUAUGAACGUAGAAUUACCAGAUUCGUUUAGUAAAGAAUUAAAAUCACUUUUAGAAGCUUUACUUCAAAGGGACAUAGACAAAAGACUGGGAUGUAAAGGAAACGGAUCGGAAGAAGUGAAAGAACAUCCGUUUUUCGCCGGUAUCGAUUGGCAACAAGUCUAUUUACAGAAAUACACUCCUCCUUUGAUACCGCCUAGGGGGGAAGUGAACGCGGCCGACGCCUUCGAUAUCGGAUCUUUCGACGAAGAAGAUACCAAAGGUAUCAAACUCACCGAAGCCGAUCAAGAUUUAUACAAAAAUUUCCCUUUAGUCAUAUCGGAACGAUGGCAAAACGAAGUAGCUGAAACCGUAUUCGAAACCGUCAAUUUCGAAGCCGAUAAACAGGAACACAAAAAAAGAGCCAAACAAAAAAAAUUGUACGAUCUAGACGAAAAAGAAACGGACUGCAUUUUACACGGGUACGUGAAAAAAUUGGGGGGACCUUGGACGUCCAGUUGGCAAAUGCGGUACGCGAAAUUGUAUCCGAAUAGGUUAGAAUUGCAUCCGGAUUCGGCUAAACCCGAAUUGGUAUUCAUGGACCAGAUAGAGGAAGUCAGUCCCGAUUUGGUGCAAGUCAAAAACGAAAAUUGCAUCGUCGUCAGAUUGCGAGAAGGAAAAGUCGUCCUUACGAAUCCCGACGAAAUAGGUCUGAAGGAAUGGCUGACGUCUCUGAAAUCGGCGCACAAAUUAUCCCAAGAGUUGCUGGGAUCGAUGGCGAAGAAGGCCGGAAAAAUUUACGGUACUGAUAGCAACAAUCGAAACGCCCUGAUAACGGCGCGCAAUACGAACGGCAACUAACAAAAGGUUUUAAAAAAACAAAAUUCUUUUACCUUCGGCAACACGAAUCGGACUACAUAGAUAGAGGGAGGAUGAUUUUUUUUUGUUUUUUUGAGAGAAGAUGAGACGCGAUCGAGAAAAACAUACCGAACAUGACAAUUUUUUAUCAAACUUUUUUUUCCGUUUUUUUUUCCUUAAAAAUUUUUUCUUUAUUUAUCAUUUUAUUUACGAAUUUCUUCUCGAGGGACUAGAUACUUAUUCGGACAGCGUUGUGCGCUCAUUAUUUUUAUAAAAGAAAAUGAGAAAAAAGUAAAUCGAAAGAAAAACUGUUCUGUUUUAAGGUUGUUGUUCAAAAAGUUGAAAAAAUCAAUUAACUUUUCUCUCCUUAUCAUUUUUAAUUGAAUCCAAUCAAAACACGGUUCGAUAUUAUUUUUUUUUUUUUUGAUAACGAAAAUGUCGUUAGAGAUAUCGGAGUGUAAUAAUGAGAGUUUUCAAAACCUGGUGAGUGAAGUCUGGAAGAUCCAGCAACGACGAAGCGGACUCACUCGUCAAACUGGGGGACCCACCAAUGUGCAUAGAACCCAUUCUUGGUGUGGUCUCUAACCGGACACUGCCAUCUAAGACGUUCAUGGGCAUCACGGAUGAUCCGGAGCGCAUUUCAACACCUGGACAAAACCCGGAACUUGCCUAACGACAUCAAAGAGUUCCGAGUGAAAGGACAUCGGACUUUGGUGAUGACAAUUGGGUCUAUUUGAAAUCCUAUGUGUUCAACGGCUUCAACGGCCUACGAACUACGAACUAAGAUAUCAGAAAUUUUUAGUUUUGAUCCGUUUUUAUAUUGGAAGAUCGUAAUGAAUACCGGGAGAGGUGUAGUGAUUUUUUUAUAUACGGAGUGUAUUAAUCUUGGAGAUUUGGGGUUCGUAGUUCGUGUGUCCCACUUAAAGUCAUUUGAGAAGCCAAUCAGGUGUUUUGGCUUGAACUGUUUGAUGUCAUUAACCACAAAUGAUACGUUUUGUUGUUCGAUCUUCCUCUAUAUGUGUACCUUUGCUUGACUCGUGUCAUAUGGGCCCGAUCUCAAUUUGAGCUGGAUUUUGCUGCAAUUGAUCACCAGACUUUGAAGCACUCCACCACUAGAGCGUGUUCCCCCAGAGAAAAUUAUUCCCCUAUUUUGGGGUGUCUACCGCAAACCAAGAAAAAAUAAAUUUCCACAAGUUCCUUAUGGUUUUUUUUAUUGAGAAGCCCUGUAUAUUAUACCGAAUUGGGUUCGCUGAUAUUUUUUCGUUUUCGCUAUACAGAGUGAUUUAAGAGAUAUGGGCACGUUAAACACUCUAUAUACAUAGAUUUUUUAAAUCGCGUUUUUGAUAAUCUUUUUGAUUAUAUUUCGAAAAUUGUUAAAUUCGGAUCAUUUCGCUAUUAUAUCAAAUUUUUAUGGUGCUUAUAGAAAGUGACGAUUCUAAUUUUGGAAUUUUUUUUUCAAUUUAUAGUUUUUCAAUGGGGACAUAGUGCGUCGAACAAUCAGUAAAGUAAAAAAAGUUACGGGUUUUAAGAAAAAGCUUUAAUUCAUAAAAAAUAUUUCUAUUUAUAUAUAAUUAAUGUACCUAUUGAAAUCGAUUUUCAUUUUUUUAUCGAUAAAUCGCGAAAACAUUCAUUGAAAUAUUAAAGUUAUUAACACAAAAUCGAGAGGCGUCAAGUCAGGUCUACGUGGGGGCAAGGGAUUCUGGAAAUUACCCAUAGAAUCAUCUUGUUGGAACCAAAUUCUCUGGAUUCGCAAGUUCUGGAGUCAAAUAUCCAACUGAGUGUUAACGGUGAUGUUUCGUCCUCGUGAAUCUUCAAAGAAGAAAGGGCCAAUAAUUCAUUUGUUACUUUCGGACUAUGUAGUGCUUUUUGAUGUUUCAUUUUCGGUCCAAAAACGACAAUUUUGUCGGUUUACGAACCCAUGAAAAUGAGCCUCAUUCGAAAAAAGGAUGUUGUCAAAAGUGGAAAAUCGACUAAACAGUUCUUCAGUAAAUGCCAACUUUGCCUUGAAGUUGGAAUCUUUUAAGACCUUUUGAUGGUGGUUUAAACGUGGAAUCGGUCUCUUGGAAAAGGAAAAUUUGCACUCGGAGCUUCAUUAAUGUGACGGACCGUUUUCGUAAAACGUGCAAACACAAAAAUUCCACGCGUGCAACUAUCCAACUACGCUAGGCUCCCUCCACCCCUACGCGAAAAAAGAUGAUGCAAUAUGCACAUUCUAUUGCGCCACCCUGUAUUUAAGAUAGAUAUGAAAUUCGAAAAAAUACAUUUUUCGAUCGAGAAUUAUAUUUGCAAAAACCUAUUUCCAGUUUUUUGCAUUAGAUUGUUAAACAAGUGGAAAUUUUGCGAUAAAAAAGUUGUCAAACCAAAAAAGCCCUCAUACAAAACGCGAUAUUUUUUUAGAAAUCGAAAAAUCCAUCCCUUGGUGUGAAAUGAUUUGCUUAAAGUUUAUUUGAUGAACAAUUUUUUUUUUGUUUUCCAUAAAAAAAGUUUUUGGCGAGGAAGAACAUUAAUUUCUCAUAAAAUCUCUCGGUUUGUAGAAUUGAAAACGGCCGCAAAUUUCCAGCAAAACAACUCAAAAUUCAUCGACAUGGAUUUUUAAAAGUUGACAGUUCCUGGGCUAUAGGCAACCACGCGUGAAUUUUUUUCAAAUAUGGCUGUUGUUACUUAUCAAAAUGGUCAAAAAAAAAAACGAAUUCUCGUUUGGUAAAGUCUUUUUAAUUUAAUAUUCCUCUUUAUCUUUAAAUUACGUGAGGCAUUUUUAAACCCUCCCUUGUAAUUUUAUCUUAUACAGAUUGUCACAACUUCCGAAUAAUUAAUAUUAAAAAAACAAAUUCUACUUGUAGUUUAGUUGGUUUAAAAUUUCACAAAAACUGCUUCUAAUUAUUGAUCGAGUCACAAGGACUUUUUAUUCUUUUCGAAAAUCAAAUUUCCACAAUUUCUCUUACUAUUAUUAUAAUCGACAACACCCCGUAUAUAUAGUUCCAAUUAUCCUAAUUUUUUUCAUCCAUUUUCAAUGUGCUCGUCUACUAUGGCCACUUACACGGGUGCCAUUAUAUACAUACGAUAUACAAGGUGGCGCAAAAAAACGCACGAAUUUCAAACCAGUUUAAUUUGAUUUAUUUCGAUUACAUACAAAAUGGACUCAUACGAAUACAACGUUUAAAUUAUUCAAUUCAUGACUUUUUUCAUAGGACCCUGUCGAUAUUUCGUGGAGUUCGCGCUGUGAUUUGUAACUGAUCCAGAGGCUACCCAACAAAGUAUAUGAGAACUCUGUGCAAAAAAGUCGUCGAACUGGACACACCCUUAGGAAUUGAAGCUUGAAACAGAUUUGAUCAAAGUCGUUCAGGACGUCUUUGCAAUUGGUAUCGAACUGAAACUGCAAUCUCUGGAAAUGGAUUUAGAGCUGGUGCAAAAUGGAUCUAGCGGUAGAAGAAGACAAGUCUUGAGUGGCCGAUUCUUAUCCUUCUUACGAUGUCUGGAAAGUCCUAGUUAUUAGUAACGUAAAUAGAUGAAAUUGAAAGCGAGUUCUUCUGGAUUAUUGAACGCUCCAAAUUGGUGGAAUUGGAAAGUUUCUACUUGAUGUUAUUUCUUUGAAAGCAUUUUCGAUUUUUCGUAAGGGAUGUUUGUGAGAGGUCGAGAAGCUGUGAUAAAAUAAAAGGGGUGGUUUGAAGGUUGAAAUGAGGCAGUACAAGAAAUAGUUGCUGUUGUUUUAUCACAAGUGGAGGCUCGUUACUUUCAUAGUUAACGCUUUAUAUAGGGUUAGAUCAAAAAGUAUACAGACAAAGACGUAAAGCUUUGAUUCCUAAUUUGUGUUUUCCAUGGUUUUUCCUGAUGUUAACAAAUUGAAAAUAAGAGAAAUUGUUUGAAAUCUUCGUUUUUACGCAUGAUAAGUUGGUUAUCGAAACAUGAAAGUAAAUAAUACUUUUUAUUAUAUUUGUACGAGGCUUAUAUAAAAAUCAAAAUGUAUUUUUUUCGGGGGGAAAUAGGGAGUGGAAUUUUUAUUUUCGGAACAGUUUUUCUUUUAUUUUGGAACCUCUAUAGAUUCUUGUACACUUAUAUAAAUAAUAGUUAGAGAAAUUUUGAACGUGAUUAUGAAUUUUUAGAAUGGUUUCCGAUAUUAUAUAUAUAAAUAUAAAUAAAUAUAAAUACGUUAUACUAUAAAACUGAACAAUAAAAAGUUCAAUCUCACUGGUAUAAAACACCAAGCUAAUUUCUUAGAAUAGCUCAAGUAUUGCCAGCUGCACUGUUUGUACAUAUGAUAAAUUGUACGACCAAACUGUAAUAUUUUCUUUACCAAAAGAUUUAACGAUAUUUUCCAAAAUUUUAAGACGAAAACAUCAAAAUGAUUUGUGGAUUACUUUUUAAAUACAAUAGACCCCGAAUAUAACAAAUUUUUUUUUCGUAAUUUGUUAUUUCCUCCGGAAACUAUCAGGGAAAAUUGUUAUACGGGAGUCGUACGAGAUUUUCUUAACGAAAUAUAAUUCGAUUCAAAAAUAAAACGUUACAGUUUGAUCGUUGCUUUUGUUUUGUUUUGUUUUUUUUUUUACCUCUAUAUAAACAUUAUACAGAGCGUUUGUUAUUUAUCCGCUAUCUAUUAUUUGUCUAUAUUUAAUACCGCGUGUAUAUUUCUGUAUAUAAGUGAUUCAAUUAGAAAAACGCGUAUAAAUAUUAUACAUAAAAAAUUAUUGUUUCAGGUCAAUUAAAAAGAAAUAAAAUUUAAUUAAAAUACGAAAUCUAAAUAGGGUAACGGUGUUCUUACAACAUUAACUCGAAAAAAAAAAAAUAUUUUAAAUUAAACUUAAAAUAAAUAAAUUUUAGGACCAAAUUGUUUAUAUUAUCAAUUAUUGACAAAUCUAAAUGACUUCGAUUAUUUUUUCAAAUUCUAGUUGUCAAUAAUUGAGUUUUUUUUAAAUCUAUGUAUUAAUUGGUGCCAAACUAUUCGAAAAAAAAAACAAAAAAAAUAGUGCGUAGUGUGCAAUACUUCUUGCAGUUACUUUUUCUUCCUUUUUCAAAAAAAUCUAUCGAGGCAGUUAAUGUCGAGAACACUUUUUAUACAAUCGAAACUAUAUUAAGUCACACAAAAUAUUCGUUAAAACGAAAUUUAAAAAAUAAAAAAAAAUAAAAGUAAUCGUGACUUUACUUGAAUGUACGGGUAAAAAUAUAACAAAUAUAUUGAGAAAAAAAAAGACUUUUCUUCAUUAUCUAUUUCUGUAACCAGUGAAGAGAACAAAAGCGGAAAAUGUGCCUAACCAAAGAUAAAUAUUUCAACCACCGUACGACUCUAAUUCUCAAAUAAAUUGUCAAUAGGUCUUGAUUGUGAAUUGGAAAUUUUGAAAAAUUAUCGCACAAAUAUCAAAUUCUAGUUGUGUUUUAUUGAAUUUUUUGGAAAAAAUAACGAAAAGUCUUUCGAUUCAGCGAAGCGCCUCCUGGUGUUUCUCGAUACGAGUCUCGGUAGCGGUUGGAGAUGCUGACCAUCUACAAAUUCGAUUUCCACGAGUCCACGAAAAAUCGACACGAAGCGAAAAGACUCGAUUAGAGAGUUUAAACACAAUUUUAUUCCUAUUUUAUUAAGAAUAGGACGUGAAAAGAAAUAAAUUUGACGCUAAUGUACGAAUAAAUAAGAAAAGGACAAUUUUAAAGUGUAUUAAAUCAAUUCGAAAAGUAAUUUUUGUAGCUUUUCAACCCCUUAUUUAUAGACCCUUGCUUUAGCAGGAAACCGUUAGAAGAAAGAAGAUAAAAACCAAAGCUCUGAUGCAUCUGCUGUGACAUGUAGAUAUUAAGAACCGCCAUAUAUACCCGAUUUAGUUCCUAUCGAUUAUUUUGUAUUUCCUUCGAAACGAAAUAUGUUGAAAUUCCGUCAAAUAUUUUUGAAUUCGUUUGAAGGAAAACACAAUAAUUUGUAGCUGGAUAUGUAUAAAUAAAAAAAAAUGAUGAGUAAACAUUUUAUAGUACGUACACUAUUUUGAUUAUAAACAGCACCAAAAAAAAAAUGAAAAAAAGUACGCGGAUACUUUUUUUUGUGAAAAAUCAAUUUGGAUUGAAAAUAAUCGAUAUAAUGAUAUGCAUAAUCACUGAUAAUAAUUGUACACGUUAGCACGUUAAUAAUAAAUUACAUAAAACUUAAAUAAAACGUAAAAUAUAUAAAUUUUAUAAUAUGCAUAUUUUGUUGUAAUUAUACAGGGUGUUUCUAUAUUCGACCGACAACGCUCUACCACAGGGAGAUCUCAAUAAAUCAAUGAUUUUGAUAUAGAAAUUCGAACCUUUAAGGGGCCUAGUUGUUGAGAUAUAGGGUGUUCAAAAUUUUAAAUUAAAAUCAAAAAUUUCCCAUAAAUCAAGUCAAAUUUGGUGACUUUUUCUUAUUUUUUAGACUUUUUGACAUGUUUAUGUUUCUAAAUGUCUCAAAAUUGGUUUUUAAAUUUUAAAAGAUUGAUACAAAAUCGACGUUUCGACUAAUUUUAAGUCUCUAUCAAAGUAAUAUUUUAACAAAAACAAACUUUGGAGCUAAAAUUAACGGUAUUGAUGAAAAUCCGCACUUUUUUCGUGAAAGGGGACUGGAAAAUGUACGUUAAAUAUAAGACAACGAUGGGGCGUCUGUUCAUUCUGCUGCAGCGACAAGAAAUUAAUUGAACUGACGUUUUAGAGAAAAAUGGAUUUGUCGACGGGGACCCAAUUGUUGGCCUCCAAAAUCACCUGACUUAAAUCCUAUCGAUUUUUCUUUAUAUGAAGUCUUUGGUGUACGAAGCAAUUAUCGAAUUUGAACAAAAUCUAAUAGCUAGAAUUCAAGCUUUUCGUUUGUUUAGAACUAUUUAGUUAAAUCACCAUUGAUUAUUGAUUUUUAAUAACUAAUUUUGACAGCUGAUGUUUAUAAACACAGUAAACUUUAACGAUUUUUUUUAUAUUACAACAAAAUAUGCAUUUUUUAAUCAAUUAGAAAAUGGUUCAUUUUUCGGUUCUAGAAAUUUGUUUUUUGAAAACGUAAAUAUUAAAUUUAAUAUAAAAGUUAUUCAUAAAAAUGCACGAGAUGAAAAAUAUUACGAGAAAACAAAGUUUUAAACAACUUGAUUAUAUUUUAUGAUUUAUCGUUGAUUAUUCGUGAAAAAAAUUACAAUUUCAAGAAUUUUUGAUGAUGAAGGGGACAAAAAAAGAGCCCAAAUAUCUUUUAUUGUUCAACAAUUCCAAAUUUAAUCAGUAGCGAUUAGUAUUUUUCAAAUUAUUGUUUGCACUAAAAUAAAAUUACGAUAAUCGAUUUUCAAUUCGUAUCGAGGAAAAUUCUUUUAUUUGGUACAUAUUGAAAAGCCAUUAAAAUUUUGUAUUUCUUGGAUUUUCAUGAAUAAAUUAUUAAGAAACAAUAAUUAGCAGCAAUAUAAAUCUGCCAAAAUUUCCUGACACUUUUUAAAGCGAAAUUUAAAAGUAAAAAAGAAAAAGAUUCGAAAUCAUUUGACAUUGUAAAGACGUUUCUAUUUAGUAGACGUGUAAAAAGUAUUUAUUUAAUAUUGAAAAAUUGUUUGUAAUAAUUAGGUAUUAUUUAAAAAUUAAAGAAAAAAAAACUAUAUAGAUAUUUAUAAAAGAAAAUCUUCUUUAUGUUAGUUUUUAAGUUCUAGAUGUCGAUGUUGUAUAUAAUUGCAUUAAACCCAUUUAUAAAUAGA